UUCAAGCGCAUUAUUUUUAAUAGGUGCUAGCCGGAUAUCAUACAUAAGUAACGGGAACUUCGUUGAGUUUCAUAUCACCAAAGGCUUUUCUGACGUGGACACUCGUAUUUUAGACAAUUACCAAGAGCUAUUAGUGCCACAGGGAGCUCCAUAGCUUUCCAGUAUCAGUGCAUUUAGGAUUUUACCACGAUUUUGUGAGAGGUAGAAUCUUGAAGGAAGCAACAAAGUUGGAUAAAUUUUCACCUUACCUACCAGUGACAUAACCUAGGAAAUAUAACCAUUGCUCUUCCUGGUCAUGCAAUGACUUUCAUCAUGAAGAAGAAAAAGUUCAAAUUCCAGGUGAAUUUUGAAUUGGUGGAAUUGUCCUCUGUGCCGCUCAUCAACGCUGUGCUCUUUGGCAAAGUCAGGCUCCAGGACGGGGGAAACUUUGCCCAGGUUUCUUCAAGGGAAGAAAUUCAAGACCAUGUUGUUCAUUGGGGAAGCAAGUUUAGCUUCAACUGCCGGAUGAGCGCUAACGCCAACACAGGAAUCCUGGAACCAUGUUCAUGCAGAGUGUCAAUCAGGAAGGAGGUGAAAGGAGGCAAGUCCUACACAAAAUGUGGGUUUGUGGAUAUCAACCUAGCAGAGUUUGCUGGAGCAGGCUCGACGUCCAGGAGAUACCUUCUAGAGGGCUACGACUCCAAGAAUAGACAAGACAACAGUACAUUAAAGGUCAACAUAGUAAUGGUAUUAAUGUCCGGUGACCCCUGCUUCAAAGCGCCUGAUUUCAAGCAGCAUACGUUACCGUGCGACAUGACGGCAGAGACCUUACUCAUAGGUAAUCUAUCUGUGCGGAAUGGUGACGAGCUGACAAGAGGGGGCAGUAUAGCCAGCAGCAGUACGUCAAGUAAUAGUACAAGAAGUAAAGGCUCAAAGCACAGACCAAACGUACUCACAUCAGGUCUUGUAUCUCCUGUCGAGCCCGAACCCCGCAUUUCCGAGGAGAGCUUUGAGCUCGGUCAUUCCAGGUCUUCGAGCUACAACUCGCAGCAAUCUCGGGCGAGCGGGUACAGCAGCGCACACUCAGCAUCGUCCGGGGGCUUCACCACGGAGCACUUCUCCAGUGCGACCAGUCUGACGGAUCUACCAGAGAAGGAACAGAUGAAGGAUGCAUGGAGGGGGACAGGAACCAAUGAAAGGAGAAGAAAACAUGCAGAAGCAGAAGAAUCCCAGCGGAGAUUAGACAACACGAGAGUAGACGCAGAUGAAGUUAUCCAGGGCAUCAUCAACCAACAGGACUUUCAGGCAGAUGAGAUGUCAGGUGAAGAGGGACUGCAGCUGUAUAUUGCAAGAGAUGGUUCAACAGCACUAGGGAGUCAACAGUUAAAAAAUAGGAUGUCAGCAGGUACCUUUGAACCAGUCGUGAUAGACCAGAGAUAAUACUGCCUUUCUGAUUGGUGCAUGGACACCUAUACUCUGCUGCGAUUGGCCCUUUCAAACGUGGACAUCUACCAGCGAGAGGCGGAACUAUCCAUCAUCUUUCUCUGUGUAGCUACGUCUGUCUCUCGCCCUGGUGGAUCAUUGCAAUCUUCGACAGUAUUGUUCUUCGUAAGGAUUGGCUCGUUUGAGUUGGUGGAGGCAAUAUAAUCUCUACCGCCACCUCAAAUUGGCAAACUAUCAUGGAAUGUGGCAUUUUUAACAAUUUGGAUCAUUCAAUGAAGUAAUUAAUGAGAUAGGACUGCGAUUACCAGAUUUGAUUCCAGAUUAGUUGUUGAGCAUCGACUGCAAGGAGAUUGGAGGGGCAAGGAGAUUAGGAAGCGCACACACUGCUUUCAUGACGUACUGUGCAAGACCCUUUCGGUAUUCUAAUCAUCGUAUAUUUAGAUACCAACGUCCUGUCAUGUUGGCGAAGGAAUAAGUCAUCUGCAAGUCAGCAUUUGGUGAUGCCUGAAUGCCAAGCUUUUAUUCUAUCAGCAAAAAAAAAUUUCAGUGAAUAACAUAGAAUUUGGAUGAUACUUGAUGGGAUCAUCCAGGCUUUCGCCUUAUCUUUGUGUACAAACAUUUCAGAUUAGUGUCAAUGAAUGCAGAGCUGAUUGACAACAGUAGAAGGUUCAUUCACAAUCGUUUAUCUGCAAUUUAAGCUGCCAUUACAAGCAGUGCAACCAAAUUUAGUAAGAAAUGAGCUGUUGGAAUAUCCUUGUUUUGUUGCAAAAACUUGUGCUAGUCCAUGACACUGUUACAUGUACCUU